GUUGUAUUUGGUGUGUUCCGCUGACCGAGCUGAACAAACGGCCGCAGGAUGAUGUUCACUGGUACAAAUCAGCAGCAGGAUUCGCGGUUCUCCGACAAGGAGAAGAAACUGCUGAAACAGAUGAAGUUCAGUGACAAUCUCAACAAACGGGUCGAUAUGUCCAAGGUAAAGCUGGACGUGUUGCGCCCAUGGAUCAGUCAGAAGAUUACCGACAUGCUCAACAUCGACGACGACGUGAUCGUGGAGUUUGUGUACAACCAGCUCGAGGAGGAGAAGUUCCCAUGCCCAAAAAAGAUGCAAAUCAAUUUGACCGGCUUUCUGAACGGUAAAAAUGCGCGCGUCUUUAUGGAAGAUCUGUGGACGCUGCUGCUAUCGGCGCAGGACUCCGAAACUGGCAUACCGGAAGAAUUUAUACAGGCAAAAAAGGAGGAAAUUUUAAAGCGCGAAGAGGAAGCUCGGCUGCAGGAGGACGGUGGCCGCGGGCACCGGUCGCGUAGUCACACCCGCGACAAGGAGGACGGCGGUGCAAAGACAAAGCCGAACAAAAAUGCUCCGCGCCAAAUGUACAAACCCGAACCGGAGGAUUACAUCGACGAGGAGGAAAAGAUGAUCGAAGAGUUUGUAGAGGCCGAAGUGCCGAAGGAAUCGAAAAAGGUAGUGCCAGUCCCGGUACUGCCGGCUGCUACCGUAUCGCCGGAGGAAUUGACAAAGGGUGAAAGCAAGUUGGCGGAAGUGGCGGAGAAAACCUCGAAAGAGCAUACUUCUACGCGUCGCAAAUCAACCGAAAGGGCAAAAUCCGGAGAGCGUAAUAGUGAUUCGAGAGUGCGUAGAAAAUCUCGCGAUCGUUCACGAUCACGCACGGAUCGGAGGGCAUCGUCUCGCGAUCGGAGAGGAUCUUCGCGUGAGAGGCGAUCCUCUAGGGAUCGCAGACGAUCGUCCCGUUCGCCUCGUAGAUCGGCGGAUCGAUCGCGCAAACGGGGUGGUAGCCGAUCGCCGAGGGAUAAGCGGACGAACGAUCGUGACCGAAGGCGUUCGCGUAGUAGCUCUCUGUCGCGGAAGGAAAACAAGAACAGUAAUGGCAACUCUGCCGCUCUGUCCAAGGUCCAAUCCAAGCUGAUGAACAUGGCGGAGGGAAAGAAACUUGCUGCAAACAAAAAAAGUCCCAGCCGCUCGUCAGCAGAUUCACGGUCCCGCAGCAGAUCGGGAUCUGCUACGAAAGAGAGUGCUCGUAAGAAGAGUGCUAGUCGUUCUCGAUCCCCAUCGAAAUCCAGAUCGAGAAAAGCGAAAAAGGGUAACCCUAGCUCCCGAUCUCACAGCUCGAACUCAAACUCAUCCGGUUCAUCCUCGUCCAGCGCGAGCGAAAGCGAGAAGAAAACCAAAGCCUCCGCAGGCACUUCAAGCGCGACCGGCAAAAAGCGUAACGGCCGAAACAGUCGCAGUCGUACCCGGAGCCACAGCCGCAAUCGUCGCGAUACAUCGAGAAGCCGAUCAGGCAGCAGCCGGUCAUCGUCAUCGCGUGGCCGUAAGAAGGAUGAUUUUGAGAUUCAGAAGAAGGAAAACAGUAUCCAAAAGAAGCGUCACUAUCGCUCGAACAAGGAUUCGUCCGAUUCGGAAGCGGGCGAUGGUGGUCGUAACUCGUCGGCGAAAGGUUCCGCUGCAUCACGUCGCCGUGUUGGCGAUGGUAAUGGGGGUGGUGGUAGGUUCGGUGGCCGGGACAAUAGGAAUCGUGAUCGACGAUCGCUUUCACGUGGUCGGGGUCGUGAUGAUGGGCCCGGGCGUGGACGGGGCGGACGAUCAAGAUCUCGGUCGAGAAACCGAUCCCGUUCGAGGUCGCGUAACCGAUCCCGAUCGCCCAGAAGACGGUCUCGAUCACCAGCUGGACGGCAGGGUGGACGGGCGAAUGUUCGUGAUAAUAAUUAUGGUCGUCGCCGUUCUCCGCCGCGUCAGGGUGGUCCCUCGGGCAGAGCUUCUGAUCGAGACAUUCGUGACCGAGAACGUGAACGAGAGCAACGGGACCGUGAUCGCAAUCAGCAGCAGCACCAGCAACAGCAACGUUUCUCGGGAGGCAACGGGCCACCGCGUCGUGGUUCAUCCCGCGAAAGGGAUCGUGACCGAGGGGCUAACAAUAACAAUUCUCACAAAUGGCGUCGCUCGGACGAGCUACAGCGAGGUGAACCUCAACCACAACGACAACAGCAACGGCAGGAGAUGGGUCCACCGGUUUCGAACCGCUAUGAUGAUCGCGAAUCGCGCAACAACAGUCACCGGGAUUCGUCGAGUGGUGGCAAUCGGUCGGCAGUUGGUCGGCGCAGCAAUAGUACGGAGCCACAAGAUCGAUUCAAGGGCAAUCAGGGUGGUUCGGCACGAGGUGGAAAUAGGAAAGCUUCACAAAGCCCUGCCGAAUCGACCGGCAGUGGACGAUCGGCGACGAGACUGUCUAAUGCAGGAGAUUCUACCGAAAGGAUUGACGAUGGUGGUGGUGUUGUUGUACCAGCCGAACGUCACCGUAAUUCCUCCGAACGUGCACGAUCGGAUAAAGCAUCUGUCAGAGAAGAUAGUACCGAAAGAGAGGAGAAAAUGCGUCCGAAUAGUUCAUCUGCUGGUGCUCGCAAACAGCAAGAUCCUGUUGCAGUAAUUAACGCCGCAAGCGCACGCCGUUCAAAUGACAGAGCUAAGGAAGCAAGCAAAGCAGUGGAGGAAAGUAGAAAGGCAGCAAAAUCGGCUCCUUCCCAGAUCAACAGCUCACGAUCAGAUCGAGGUUAUAGGAGCAGUCUGUCAAGAACUCCUUCGCCCUUCCUGAAGCCACACGAACUCGAGGCAGCAGCGGUAGCAGCAGCAGCAACACUAAAUGCUUACUUGAACACUACCACGGGAGCCAAUUCUGCCUCAGCUGUUUCAACUGAUUCGAAAAAGCAACCGCAGCAAAAGUUGGUCAAGCCCACCCGUCAAAAGAAGCAGCGUGCAAGCUCCGAAAGCGACGAUGACGACGACAGUUCUGGCAGCGACAGUGAUGAUUCGCAAGAGGAAAAGCAGGCGAAAAAGCCAACCGUAUCCAGCAGACGUGGUGAAGAUAAUGAGGAAAAGGAGGACAAUGACAAAAAGGUGGCGACAGCUCACAAAAAGCGCAAGUUGAAACGAAAGCCCGAAUCUAAAAAGCGAAGCAAACAGCACCAUCGUCGCUCUUCCUCGUCGGAAUCCUCGUCGAGCAGUGGAGAUGAUGAUGAGGAUGACGAUGACGAUGAGCGGGCAGUUGUUCAGGACGAUCAAUCGUCCGGAGAGGAACGUAAAUCUCGCGCCAAGGAUCGUCGGGAACCAAAGAAAGUGUCUGGUGGUGGUGGUUCGGGUAAGGGAGCACCGGUGCCAGCAGCUGUGGAUCAUGAUCAGCAGCGCCAGCGUAAGCAGGGACACUUGAAGGAAGGGGCCGACAGCCGGAAGGUGCACCGUGAUAGUACGUCCUCGGUCGAACAGCACGGAGGUGGUAAAAAACGAAAGCAUUCCACUUCCGAAAGCAAUUCCCGGGCUCCGGUACUACAGCCGGAAGAGCAGACAGCGCCGAAGGUUUCGAAAUUGCUCAGUAGCUCACAAAACAGUGGCAUCAACAAUAACAACAACAACAAUGUGUCCUCAUCAUCCGCCGCUUCCUCGAAGGGUAAAAUCGUCGCCCCCAAGGUGGCCGAAUCCUCUUCGAGCGACGAUUCGGACGAUGAUCGUGUUUCGGAACGGCAGCGCAAGAAACGGCGCAAGGAUAAGAAACGCCAGCGUAAUGUGUCACCCGACGAUGCGAGCGCUUCAUCCGGUAGCAAGCGUAGCAAGAAGCACAAGAAGCAUCGAAAACAUGCGAAGAAACAUAAGAAACACAAGAAGCAUAAGAAGAGUAGCAAGGGCAGUGGCAAGUACCAUCGGAACAGUUCGUCCUCAUCGUCGGAUGAGGAGGAAGGUCCGGUGGUAAGGUCGAAAAAGAGUAUCCUAGCGAUCGGUGGUGGUACGGUGAUCAACGAUGAUCUGGAGAAGCAACUGCGCGAACGGGCUCUAAAGUCGAUGAAAAAGCAGCAAAGCAUCUCGGAUUGAAAGA